UUCGUCAGGGUACAUAUCACUGAUUGAAAUAGGCUGACCACCACAUAAGUUCAGCAGGAUACCUAGAGGAGAACUCAUUAUCAGGAUACCUCUUUCCAAGGAUGGCUCACAUGAAGAAGUUUGCAGCAAUUCCUAUGUCUAAGUGUAUGAGGGACAUGUGCAAAGAAGAGGACUAUGCUUUCCUAAACAAACAGGAACUAGACAAGAAUCCAGAAAAAACUUCAAAUGAGAGCAUGUUUCAUGAGAGUGAGUGGCAGCAGAAUCAAGAGGAAAGGGAGAAGGAGGAGCAAUGGAAAAGCCAUGUGGCAGGCCUAGCAUCUGAGCGUGAGUCUCUUCAAGGCAGAUUGCACAGGCUACGUGAAUUCAGGGACUUUCAGAAGAGAGUGCUGAUGCAGGAUCUGGGCCUGGAACCUGGUACAGCCAGUGAUAAACUUACCCACCUUCUUAGGAGACUGUAAAAAAGGUUAUUAUAUGGUAAAAAAAAAAAUAAAAAAUACCCUGCAUAACUGAUAUUAUGAUGUGAAUGUAAAAAUACUGUAAGACUAGCUUUGAGUGGCAUAUUAAAUACUGAUGUUGCAUAUUGUGCUAAACUAAUAUUAGAGUGAGACAUUUUUGCACUGUAGCUAAAAAGAAAUUUGUAAAAGUUUUUGGUAAAAACUAAUAAUCAGGGUUUGCAUGCAUUGAUAGAAUAGUAGAGUGAAAAUAAAUUGCUAAGAUAAGUGAGAGCAGAAUUCUCACAUGACAUCUUGAAGAGUAUCAGCUGAUCGUAUUUCUCAUGAUGCCGUGGGCUUAAGUAUGGUUAUGUUGAUCAUACACAAAAAUGUUUAUUUAGAUUUGUGUCUUCUUUAGGAACCUUAGGACUGAUAUGCAUGAAUAGUGUGAAAGAGAAAGAAAGAAAGAAAGAAAGAAAGAAAGAAAGAAAGAAAGA